AUGACACAAGACGAAAUUGUCACCUCGUUGGUCCACGGUGCUGCAGACACCACUCCUCUGCCAAAGCCUCCUCCAUCCCACCUUGAGGGUAAAGGUAUUUUUGACCUUUUCUCUAUGAAGGGCAAGGUUUGUGUUGUUACUGGAGCUGCCAGAGAAAACGGAAUUGGAUACGCUGCUGCUCAGGCCUACUGUGAGGCCGGCUGUGAUGUUCUUGUCAUCUGGGACUACUCCGAUGCCACAGAAACCGCAGAGAAGCUCGCCAAGCAAUACGGUGUCAAGACAAAGGCUUACAGGGUCAACGUUGCCUCCUCGAAGAACGUCGAGGAUACCGUUAACCAGGUCGUUGAGGACUUCGGCACCAUCGACGUGUUUGUCGCCAACGCCGGUGUUGUUUGGGAAACCGGAUCCAUCCUCGACGACGUCAACAACGACGACAAGGACUGGCACAGAGUCAUGGACGUCGACCUCAACGGUGUUUACUACUGCGCCAAGAACGUCGGAAAGGUGUUCAAGAAGAAUAGAAAGGGCUCUUUGGUCAUCACCGCCUCGAUGUCCGGAAUGAUUGUCAACGUUCCUAACUACCAAAUGCCAUACAACGCUGCCAAGGCUGGAUGUAUCCACCUGACCAAGUCUCUUGGUGUGGAGUUCUCCUCCUUUGGUGCUAGAGUCAACUGUGUGUGUCCCGGCUAUAUGGAUACCGGGCUCUCAGACUUCCUUGACAAGAAGAUCUUGAACGCAUGGUACCAGAUGAGUCCUAUGGGAAGACAGGGUGUGGCCAGAGAACUCGCUGGUGCUUACUUGUAUCUUGCUUCCGACGCCGCAAGUUUCACCACCGGUGCUGCUCUGGUGUGUGACGGAGGAUUCACGUUAACUUAG